ACUCACCCAAAAUUGAGAUCAACUCUUUCUUGCUGCCUGGAGGGGUCUAAAAUCCCAUCCUUACAAUACCCAAAAAGUAUGAGAAAACAGGGCAAAAGAUAAGAUUAGUUACAAGCCCCAGGGUGUGUGUUCCUAGAGAGAGAAAGCAACGCUCAGAAAGGGUGUGGUAUAUAGUUUGAGAUAGAAAAAAAAAAACACUUGUGUUCUGGGUUUUGUUGGUUGGUGAGUUUUUUUUUCUUCUUCUUUUGUUUGGGAGAUGUCAGGUGGUAGUGGUUGCAGUGUAGUUUGGUUCAGGAGAGAUCUGAGGGUUGAAGACAAUCCAGCUUUGUUAGCUGGAGUUAGAGCAGGAGGAGUUGUUGCUCUUUUUAUUUGGGCACCUGAGGAAGAAGGGCCUUAUUACCCAGGAAGGGUCUCAAGGUGGUGGCUCAAACACAGUUUGGCACAUCUUGAUUCCUCUUUGAGAAGUUUGGGCACUCCUCUCAUCACCAAAAAAUCUACUGACAGUGUUUCUUCUCUUCUUGAGGUUUGUCUUGCAACUGGAGCCACUCAGCUCUUCUUCAACCACUUAUAUGAUCCUAUAUCACUGGUUAGAGAUCACAGGGCCAAGGAGGUUUUGUCCGCCAACGGCAUAACUGUGCGUUCCUUUAACGCCGAUUUGCUCUAUGAACCAUGGGAUGUUAAUGAUGUCCACGGUCGUCCAUUCACAACCUUUGAUGCUUUUUGGGAAAGAUGCCUCAGCAUGCCCUUUGAUCCAGAGGCACCACUUCUCCCCCCUAAGAGAAUCAUAUCAGGUGAUGCAUCAAGGUGUCCUCCUGAUACAUUGGUUUUUGAAGAUGAAUCAGAGAAGGGAAGCAAUGCGCUACUUGCUCGAGCAUGGUCACCUGGGUGGAGCAGUGCUGAUAAGGCAGUAACCACAUUUAUUAAUGGUCCAUUGAUCGAGUAUUCCACAAACCGCAGAAAGGCUGAUAGUAAUACAACUUCACUGCUUUCUCCCCAUUUGCAUUUUGGGGAGGUAAGUGUCAGAAAAGUAUUUCAUCUUAUACGCAUCAAGCAGUUGCUUUGGGCCAAUGAAGGUAACAAGGCUGGUGAAGAGAGUGUGAACUUGUUUCUGAAAUCUAUUGGUCUUAGGGAGUAUUCAAGAUACAUUAGUUUCAAUCAUCCUUACAGUCAUGAAAGACCUCUUCUUGGGCACCUAAAAUUCUUCCCCUGGGUUAUAAAUCAGAACUAUUUCAAGGCAUGGAGGCAAGGUCGAACUGGCUAUCCGUUGGUGGAUGCUGGCAUGAGAGAAUUGUGGGCUACUGGCUGGCUGCAUGAUCGGAUACGAGUUGUUGUUUCUAGUUUCUUCGUAAAGGUUCUGCAGCUCCCGUGGAGGUGGGGAAUGAAGUAUUUCUGGGACACACUCUUAGAUGCUGAUCUUGAAAGUGAUGCUCUUGGUUGGCAGUAUAUAUCCGGCACUAUCCCUGAUGGGCGUGAGUUUGACCGCAUAGAUAAUCCACAGUUUGAGGGUUACAAGUGUGAUCCACAUGGAGAAUAUGUGCGAAGGUGGCUUCCUGAACUAUCCAGGCUACCAACUGACUGGAUACACCACCCAUGGAAUGCACCAGAGUCUGUACUCCAGGCAGCUGGAAUUGAACUUGGAUCAAAUUACCCCCUUCCUAUUGUAGGAAUAGAAGCAGCAAAAUCCAGGUUGCAAGAAGCGUUAACUGAAAUGUGGCAGCAUGAACGAGCCGCUGCUGAGAAUGGAACUGAAGAAGGGCUCGGAGAGUCUUCUGAAUCAACCUCCAUUGCGUUUCCUGAAGACAUACAAAUGGAGGAUAGUCAUGAACAGGUGAGGAAUAACCCUCCUCCUCCAACUCGACGCUAUGAGGAUCAGAUGGUCCCUAGUAUCACUACUUCCCUCGUGCGAGUUGAAGAGGAAGAAAGUUCUUUGGAUCUUCCAAGCAGAGCUGAAGUGCCUACAAAUGUUACUGGGGAUCAAGAACCAAUGAGAGACACAAUGAACCAAGAGGGUUUUCAGCCUAAUCAUAACAACACUCCACCACAACCUAAUACUACACUAACCCUGCAGUAUGUUGUUGAAGAUUCGACGGCGGAAUCGUCUAGCAGUACUAGGAGAGAGAGGGAUGGAGGUGUAGUUCCAGUUUGGUCUCCUUCAAAUUCUAGCUACUCAGAGCAGUUUGUGAGUGAUGAAAAUGGCAUUGCAACAAGUUCUUACUUGCAGAGACAUCCUCAGUCUCACCAAAUAAUGAAUUGGAGGCGGCUAUCUCAAACUGGGUAAGAACUCUUACACAAUUCACAAAUAAUGCACUGUAAUAAACAGAUUGUUGUGUUCUGUGUCUUCCAUACUUUUUUGCACCUUUCUCUUGCCAAAUUGGUCAAGAAGCUCAGCUUCGAGAUAUCCCUUCAGCCUCUUACUAGCAUGGAAUAAUGUUCUGCUGGUUUUGUACGAAUUACACAAACUUUUUUUGAGUUGUGAAGUGCUGAAAUUAUGUAUUAGAUGUU